UAGAGGAAGAGUUUUUCCUAUAGAUUUCUCUCCACAAAACUUUUUAUUAAAGAAUAGUCAAUUAAAUGGUGGACUUUAGAUGGGACUUUAGAUGGGGAAAAAUCGGCUCAACAAACGGAAUGCGUUCUUCAGCCCUGAUGUGGCCAUAUGGCUACAAUUCCUCCAAUGACUAGAGAAAACACGUUUGCCUAUGAAUAAUUUAAAUAACCCUCCUCCUAACUGGAACAUUCAGCCUAAUGCAAGAAACAAUGAAGAUCAUGGAAGCAAAUGGAAUUAUGCUUUGUUGGUUCCAAUGCUGGGACUGGCUGCCUUCCGUUGGAUUUGGUCCAGAGAAUCUAAGAAAGAAAUAGAAAAAGAGAAAAGAAAUGUCUAUAGAAAAUUGUCUUUUGUACAGAAAGAGCUUGAAUCUAAAUAUCGCGACAUAAUUAUAGAAAACCGUAGAAUGGUUGCCCACUUGGAAUUAGAAUUGGAGAAAGAACAGAACAGAACCCUAAGUUAUCGCAACGCACUAAUCUCUCAGAGUUACAAAUUGGUAGAAGAAAGAAGAAUUUUGGAACAAGAGCGCGCAAAGGUAGAACAAGAGAAACGGAUUCUGCAGCACUCUGGUGCUGCAGGUGCUUUGUAUAAGAACUGCUUGGAGAAGGAAGAUCAGUGGCAAACAAAAGCCACUAUUUUACUAAAAGAGUUUGAAGAAGCUUUAAUGGAAAGGCAAGAUAUGUAUUGCAGCCUUGUACUGCCAAGAUACCAUCGGUUGGCAGUGGAAAAAAAAAUGCUAGCCAAAGCAACAACUGAUCCAAUUGGUUUGGAAUUGGAAGUGGAAGCUGGGCUGAAAGAUAUUUUCAGAUAUGAUACCUUUUGCAGCAAUUUAUUAAAUACCAAUAAAAAUCAAAAUGGAAAGCUCAUGUGGAUCUACCUUCGAUAUUGGGAAUUAUCUGUUGAAGUCAGAAAAUUUAAGAAGGCAGAAAAAAUAUUUUUGGGAAAAACUGCCUAAAGCCAGGCCAUCCCUAGCUUGUAUUAUAUCUGUUAAACUUUAACCCACAGAAUCUUCAUGCUGAUUUGUGAUAUACAUAUAACUUUGUGAGAUAUAUAUCAGUAUCUUUAGUUAACUGUCAUAAGUAACACUCAUCAUUUAAUAAUACCAGUCUUUGAUCAAAUAUAUAUUGGGUGUUACCAUACUAAUGUAUAGUAACUAAAUACCUAUGGUUUUUGUAUUAGUGCUACUAUGUUCAAUAGGAUUUGUUUAAAAAUGGUAUUUCUACAAUUAUUUCUAUGCUUUCACGUUUUUAUUCCUCAGACCCUCAAAUACAGGUAGUCCUUGGCAUACAACUAUAAUGGAGCCUGCCCAUUAAAAUCAUAUGUUGAAAUGGUUGUAAAAUGUUAUGACCAUUUUGCAGCAGUUGUAAAGAAAAUGGCUGGAGUCAUUAAAGGAACUAAUGCUUUUCUAUGGGUGCAAUUUUGCAAAAAA